AUGGGUCGUGUUAUUCGUUCUCAAAGAAAAGGUCCCGGUGGCAUUUUCAAGGCUCACACUAGGCUUCGCAAAGGAGCUGCUAAAUUAAGACCUUUGGAUUAUGCUGAACGUAAUGGAUAUACAAGAGGCAUUGUUAAAGAGAUUAUUCACGAUCCUGGCCGUGGUGCUCCUCUUGCCAAAGUGCAAUUUCGUGAUCCUUAUCGAAAAGCCGCUUUAACUGUUGGAAAUGUGCUUCCCCUUGGUUCAAUGCCCGAAGGUACAAUCAUUUGCAAUGUAGAAGAAAAGAUUGGUGAUCGUGGUGCUUUAGCUCGUGCUUCAGGCAAUUAUGCUACUAUCAUUGGCCAUAAUCAUGAUGAAGGCAAGACCCGAAUUAAACUUCCUUCUGGCGCUAAGAAAGUUAUCAACUCUAGUGCUCGUGCUACGAUAGGUAUCGUAGCUGGUGGCGGUCGUAUUGAUAAGCCUUUGCUUAAGGCUGGUCGUGCAUAUCAUAAAUAUCGUGUAAAGAGAAAUUGCUGGCCCAAGACUCGUGGUGUUGCUAUGAAUCCUGUGGACCAUCCUCAUGGUGGUGGUAAUCAUCAACAUAUUGGUCACGCAUCUACAGUCUCCAGAGAAAGUGCUCCCGGACAAAAGGUUGGUUUAAUUGCAGCCAGAAGAAGCGGUUUGCUUCGUGGUACAAAUAAAGUCAAGUCAGCAUAA